ACAAAGGUGAAAACAAAGCGAAAUACCAUCAUAUGACAUACUUCUUUUUCCUUAGGGUAUUGAAGAAACAGAAUAAGUUUCUUUAGGACACCAAUCUCACAGGUAAAAAGAAAAAAUAAAGGCCUGCGAUAUGAAAAUCACAAGCAUCGCGAUCUUGCUUUGGCCCUUCUCCAUGCUAUUAUCAGACAAAAGCCAGACUUCAAAAACUGAAGUCAAAUGUAAUUUCACAGAAAAGAAUUAUUCUUUAAUUCCAGAGGAUAUCAAUGGCAAUGUUACUAUCCUUGAUCUCAGUUAUAACCAAAUUACUCUGACUAUUACAGACACAAGGGUGCUACAGAUGUAUUUUUUACUCACUGAACUCUAUCUGACUAAGAACAACAUCAUUAUAUUACAUGGUAAUAGUUUCAGUAACCUCUCCAAUCUAGAAAUCUUAAAUAUUUGUAGAAACUCUAUUAAUGUAAUUCAACAGAAUGCAUUUGUAGGCUUAAAUAAACUGAAACAGUUGCAUCUCUGCCAAAACAAAAUAUCACAACUAGAUCCUAACAUGUUUGUGCCUCUAAACAACCUGAAAUUUCUGAAUCUGCAAGGAAAUUUAUUACACUACUUUGAAGAACCACAACUAUUUCAUCUGGAAAAAAUAAUUUUAUAUGGAAAUCCGUGGAACUGCUCUUGUAGCCUAUUCAAUUUGCAAAACUGGUUGAACACAUCAAAUGUGAUACUAGAAAAUGAGAAUAUCACCAUGUGUAACUACCCGAAAAUCCUGAAGUGCUACAGUAUCAAAACAGUACCCUACACUGCUGAAUGCCAUUCAAAAUUUACUUUACCUAUAUCUGAAGAUCUUUACAGUCAUUUUCAGUCCAUUGACAAUUCAACUUUCAACAUAUCUUUAAGCAAUUUAACAAGAAAUUCAGAACGUGAAUCUCUUGGAAAAAGUUGGGCUUUUCUGGUUGGUGUUGUUGUUACUGUACUGUUGACUUCCCUCCUCAUCUUUAUUGCCAUCAAAUGCCCGACGUGGUACAAUCUUCUACUCAGCUACAACCACCGCCGCCUGGAAGAGCAGGAAGCUGAAGCCUAUGAAGACGGCUUUACUGGAAAUUCAAGUUCUUUGCAAAUACCAGGCACAAACUCAGAAGAUACUACAGUGAUAUUUGAAAAGUUACAUUCCUUUGUGUUAGAUGAUGAUGGGUUUAUUGAAGAUAAAUAUAUAGAUACUCAUGAAUUAUGCAAAGAAAAUUAAUUACUUUCAAUAUUUUACUUCUCAAAAAAUAUAAGCAGUCCACUCACAGCUUAGAGAAGGAGAUUUUGAAACACAAUACACCAAACUAUGUAUUAAUUAGUACAAUUAUCUAUGAAGAGUAAAAAUCAUGUUUUUCUUUUUUGUUGUUGUUGUUUUGGUUUGGUUUGUUUGUUUGUUUGUUUUGGUACCAGGGAUGCAGGUGGUAGCACCACUGAGCUAAAUCCCUGGCCUUAUGUUUUUCUUAUUGUACUAAGCAAGCAGGUCCAAAUGCAGUAACUAGCACUAAUGUAGCUAACAGUUAUAUAGUUAAUAUAUGAUACCAGAAAUACUAUAUCAUCACUGUUCAAGAACCCAUAAAACUAGUAAACAGAAGGCCCCAAUUAUUCAUUAAUAGAGAUUUUCAGAUUAACAUUUUUAUAUAAUAUGUAUUAAAUUGUACUAAAGUUCCAAACAGUGAAGAAAUAAAGGUUUAUAUCAUGAAUCAAGGUAAGAAAGAAUGAUAGCUUCAACUACAUCCUGCAAGUGAUUUCAUGUGCAGUGUGAUAUCAUGGAUUAGGAAAAUAUUUUUAGAAGUUCCUAAAUUAGCAAAACAAAAUUUCCUCAAAAUUUGGUAGCAAUUUAAAACACAGUCACAGUGUUCAGACAUUAACACUAAUCAUUACCACUGAUCUUGGUCAUAACAAAAGCUGUCACCAUUAUGCACAAUUGCCACACUUUAUAAUCAUGGUGGCUUCCGAAGUGGGCACCACAUUUAUGAAUUUUGGGGGUUUUUUAAUGCAUUUGUCUGCCUCUCUGGGAGACUACUAUUCAGAUAGGCCUAUAUUGAGGCUGAAGAGUCUUUUUUUUUUUUUAUAAGACUUAUGUGCUCAUGAAUUUUUUUUUUAGACUGAAGAAUCUUUAAGUGGUCCAUAGACAGCUGUUUGGAAUCCAAUACAUAGAACAAUGUUUCCAAAAUUGUUUUUUAGAGCACUAAUUUACAGUGAGACAUCUGGAAGGAUUUAUAUGAAAAUAAAAGGGCAUGUGGUCAAAUUACUAUAGGAAACACUUAGUUUAAACAAAGUAAAAUAAGAUUCUUCGGUAUAAGACUAAUCUGAGACUCUACUACGCUAAACUCUUCUCUGCUUACUCAAGAGCACAGUAUUAAAAUUUUUCCAGACUUUCUUCCUAACAAAACCCUUUCUUAGAAGUAUACCUAAAACUUCAUAGUGCAAUAACCCAAAGAAUAGACUCUGGAAAACACUAGCCCCAGACUGAAAUAGAAAGAAUCUGUCUCUGCCAAGAAAUUGUAACUUGACAGGAUUAAGAGACUCUGAAUAGCUGGCUGGAUCAUGGAGGCGCUACACCAAUCACUGGAUUAAUCUACUGAUGUUCAGAGUCUAACAUGCUGUAAGGAGGGGGGCCACUGAGUGCCCAGUUGGAGGAGGUGGACCAUUGCGAGUGUGCUUUGGAGGGUACAUUUCUCCAUGGUGCUUUUCCUGCACCAGCUGCUUCCUGGCUGCCAUGAACCGAGCAGCUCUGCUCUUCCAUAUCCUUCUGCCACGUUUCUGCCUUGGAACCAGACAACCACAGGCUGAAACCACUCAAACUGUGAGGCAAAUUAAACUUCUCUUCCUUUAAGUUGCGGGUGUUGGAUAUUCUGUCCUAGCAACAGGAAACCUGUUCAAUCCGCCAUGUAAAGUGAAUUAUUUGCCAAUUCCUAUGCAAUCAAUUAGCUGCAAGCAAAACUUUAAGAACUUAAUGAUGCAAACAGGAACAUUAAAAAACUAAAGCUAAAUCUUUAAUUUUUACCUUCCAUUCAUGGGGAAAUUAUGUGUACUUAAUGCAAUUCACAACAACUUCAAGAGAAAUUAAAUACUUAGGAAUUAAACUUACCAAGAAAGCAAAAGAUUACAAGAAAAACAAAA